AUGUCAUCCGUCCAAAAGCUCAAGCAUCUCCUCGUCUAUACCUCUCUCCGCAGCGAUUCCUUCCUAACCCACCUCUCGCGCCUCUUAUCCACCACCUCCGGCCGCGACUCCCUCCUCUGCACCGCAUACUACACGCUCGCCUUUGUCCAUGCCCAACUGACGCGACUGCUGGCGCGAAAAUACACCGUCCUCGCCGAACGCAUCGCGCAAAAUGCUUCCAAAACGAUGCUUCCCGGUGAAACGCUGGUCGCGACCAUCGAGCCGCCCCAUCUGCGCCUCACAGAGACGUGUGUCGCCGUGAAGAGUCUCGGGUCGGCAAUCGAUGAUGUGCGCACGUUUUGGAGGCUGCGAGGCUUAAUUGAUAUCUAUGUGUGGGCGAAGCAGACGUGGCAGAAGCCCAGUCGAGAUCCUGCACUGAAGGUGAUUUCCUGGGCGCGGAUUUUCUCGUGUAUAGGGUUUCAGGCGUAUGAGAAUGGAGCGUAUCUGGUGAAGAAGGGGGUGUUGAGGUCCGAGAGAUGCACAUCGCGGGAAGCGAGGUGGUGGACGGUGAGCAGCCAAUUCUGGCUGGCGGAUGUGGUGUUGGAGUUUGCGAGACUGGCGCGCGUGCGACAGUUGCGAUAUAAUGAGGAAUUUGGAGCAGAGCAGGUAGAUGAUGAAGACAACAAGAAGGUGAAUGUGCAGAGCGCCGAGUUGGAAGCGAAAUGGUGGACACAACUGUAUGCGAACAUGGGCUGGUUCCCGAACGCGAUACACUGGGGAAUGUACGAUGGGUCUGCGGAGAGCAGUCCUAUUGACGAGACGAUGAUGGGCUUGAGCGGAUUUGUGCCGGGCUUCAUUAACUUGAAGGCAGCGUGGGCGGCGACUGCGCAAUAGAAGUCACAUGAAGCCCAAGAUGUGGGAUCAGACCCUACCAUCGAUGAUACAGAAUCUUGAUGCCAGGAUAGAUGUGAUCGAUGGUGCGUAGACUGAGCAGACAUACGUGAAGAAGCUCAGUCCUGCAUGGCAGCAGCAAGGAACAUAUUCCUCCAUCGAUCAACGAUAUACAUGUAGCUGUUGGCCGUUGACUUGGCCAGCUACAGCCUACAUGUACCGUUUGCGACAGUCCCAGAGAUCAAUACACCUCACCUCACAUGUCCACAACCUCGGAACCGCACCCAAUGGCCUGGUAAUGAUCUAUCCAUCUACCCCGCUAGCUUUGAACGUUUUGCCAGUUAGCGGUAGGAGGUACUCUACGUGCAACUUCUUUGAUAUGAUUAGACCAGAGACAUUGGUACCUGAGAAACACUACGACUCAAUCGGGCCAAGACCUGUCUGCCAUGCAAUCACAACAAUUUUAGGAUGGGGCUGAUGAUGUAUAGUCGAACUCUCCAGAUGGAGAUCAUCCGUGGUGACAUACAUAGUAGCAACGAUAGCUCCUCGUGGAGGUAGCCGAUUGCAAAAAAGUCCAUCUCGGAAUAUCCUUCCAUACCUAUCCAAGUCAUUCAACCAUACCACCACCACCCCUCCUCAAAAAAUGACGAAGCCAUUGAAGUUAUACGGCCACGUCCAGGGCCCCAACCCUUGGAAAGUCGCCAUCAUUCUCGAAGAACUCGGCGUUCCAUAUCAUCAGGAAUUCCUCGAUUUCAGCGUCCUGAAGCAAGAACCUUUUAUCUCUGCCAACCCUAAUGGCAGACUUCCCGCGCUCGAGGAUCCUAAUACGAGUAUUACAUUGUUCGAGUCCGGAGCCAUCAUCGACUACCUCCUCGACACCUACGACCCCAACCACACCCUCCGCCCCACGUCACCCCCCACAACAAAAUAUCUCCAAAUCUCCUGGCGCGACUUCCAAAUGUCCGGCCAAGGCCCCUAUUUCGGGCAAAAAGCCUGGUUCACACAUUUCCACUCCGACCUCCACAUGACAUCAGCCAUUGAACGCUACAGCAACGAAAUCCGACGCAUCUUGGGAGUUAUUGAUGCGCAUUUGAAAAAAACGAAUCAGCCGUAUUUGGUGGGGAAGCAAGUCUCGUAUGCGGAUUUGAUGUUUGUGCCGUGGAAUUCUAUGUUGGGGUUUUUGAUGGGCGAGGAGUUUGUGGAGGAGGGCUGGAAGAGGGAGUUUCCCGUGUGUUGGGAGUGGCAUCGGAGACUUGUGGAGAGGCCGGCUGUGAAGAAGGUUUUGGAGGAGAAGGCGGUGAAGAUGGCGGGGAAGUAGAUGGAGAAGUAGAGGAAGAGGGGGAGGGGGCGGGGGUUUAGCAGAAGAAGGAGAAGAAGAAUUGGUCAUAUAGUGGUAUUUUGAGGACUACAUGACCUGGUACUGUAGCAACGCUGCUGCUCUGAAAUUGAGGGUUUUCGUACACUUGAUAUCGUUCGGAUUGUGAUUUGGAAUCACUACUAUGAUAUUGAGUAUUAAAAGGUCUCUGAC